CAUCUCUUGACGAACUUGAAUAUUCAAGUUCACGUCGCACUCAACGUACUCAACUUUGCCAAUGCAAUGGCAGACUCAGCAGAACCGCCUUCAGUGCCUCUGACCGAACAGUCGUUCUUCAGCACACUCCUCACACCAGGGUCAUCUCUCCAUCCGACAUUGCUACUGCUCCUCGAUGCAGCCUUUCUGGCUCUCUUCCUCGUCUUUCUCUCCCUUGCAAUCAUUACUCGAGGAAACGUGCAUCUCAUAGUGCUCAUGUCGAUAGAAAUAGCACUAUGGGGAAGUGUCAAGUGGUGAGCGCCUCCUCCUUACUCUCUCGGGGCUGGUGUUUAAGGCUGGAUGGAGGUUCGUACACGAAUUGCAGAAGGUACAGGAAACAGAAAGCGCAAGCGGGGGUGCUUCGGAAUCUGUGGAAACAGGUGGCGUGUCGAAGUCCAAGGAGGACUAGUCAUUCUGAGCC